AUACGGCUCUUUAUAUCUCAAGUUCAACUUGCCAUCCUAGUAAUGAGGUUCGGAGUGGUGUCCUCGGAUUCCGACUCGGACUCGGAUAUCGUAUCUGUCGAUUACUCCUUCUCUUCGGACGAAGAAUCACUGGACGGCUUUCAAUGGAUAUCUACAGAUCCAAAUUCCUCAUUGGGGAGAGAUAUACGCGCUGCACUAGAUUCUAGUGAUGAAGAAGUGUUGGGCUCUGAGGAUGAAGUGGAGAUUUUGGGACUGAGCGGGAGAAGCGUCAAUGGCGGGAAGAACGGAGGCAAGGCAAGGACUCAAUCCCCUUGGAAUGCUUUUUCAACUCCUCAAUCGUCGAAGAACAAGAGAAAAAGCGAAAUUUCGUCUUCGUUAUGGAGGCAUUCGCCCUUGGCGCGCUCAUUGACUGGAAGCAAAGUACCCAGCAGCAAGGCUACUUUGGAAGAAGUGCUGAAAGAAGAGCCAGAUGUGUUUGAAACUUGGGUCAAGAGGACUGAAGAGGAGGCUUGGAGGGAUGGUCAAUAUCGUGCGGCGAAGCAGCAGUCGCAUGUUCGCUCUAUAGCCACCAAUGCUCGUGCCAAAAUUGUAUCAAUCCAGGAGUCACAACUUUCACAAGAAGCUGAGGAGAUUCGACGACUUUUGGAAGGGUUAGCUCUGAGGCAUGACAAACAAGAAGAAGAGCUUCGGAAAGCUUUCAAGGAGCGCGAGGAGAGUCUUUGGAAGGACAUUGAUGAAGUGAUUCAAUCGGUUGAAAAGCGGGAGGCGGAAGCUGCAGCGAAGGCUGCCAGAAUAGCUCAAGCGGAGGCAAAAAGGAGAAAAGAGGAGGAAGAAGCCCGGAUAGCAGAAAAGGAUCGAGUGGCGCGCGAACAAAAAGCGGAGAUUGAACGCCAUACGAAGGAAUUGGCUUUGAAGGAACAGCAAGCGAAGGCUGCCAUGGAAGCCAAAGAACGCAAGUUGGAGGAAGAAAAGAGAGCAAAGGAGGAAAAGGAAAAAGCUUCUAAGAGGAUUGUUGACAAGAGAGAACAAGCUGGGGCCAUGUGGAGAGCGUACACCGAAAAACAGAACUGGAUGAAGAGCGAGGUGAUUGAGAAGGUCAAGGCGGAUAGACCAACGAUGACGAAUUUGAAUAAGGGGAAGAGGAUGAUUAUUAGGUGGCUGGGUCAAGCCUUGAAUACAAGAGAAUCUGUUGUGAAGAUCACAACCGACAUCCAUGAUCUCCUUAUCCAACAACUUCCCUCACCACCUUCCGCGGCUUCGCCCAUUCAAUUCACUCCAGACGUUCCCAAACCAUAUGCCUAUCUUCUCUCCCAUGUUUCCAAAGUACUUAUCACUCAAGCGCAGUCCGAAAUUACGUCCAAACCGACAUCCGCCUUUCCUCUGGCAAAGGUUGUAGUGGGGCUGAUGCUGAGGGGUCACGCCGCUUUAGGCGAUGUUUUAUUUGCUAGAUUCGUGAAAAAGUGUCCUUGGGUAGUUCCAUUCUACCCCGCUCCUCAAACUAAUCAAAGUCGUGAAGCGUACGAAAAGUCAACCGGGCGGGGUACCGAUGAGUCACAACACGAAUACAUCUCUCGGAUGUCCAGCAUUUGCACUUUGUUUUUUGCUAUCCUUCAAACACCUCUUACGCCGCUCAUCCCCACUUUACCGUCUGCACCUACCCCAGAAGAACUUGACAAACUCGUCCCUAAGCCAAUGCGACUCACCUAUGCCUGGACGUGGCUUGCUCUUGCCCUUCGCGACCCUAUGCCAGCUUCUCCUCCAAUCGCUGCUUUGCUUACGACGUGGAUCGAAAUUGCCCUGGCCGAAGUCAUCCGUAUCUAUGGUAAAGGUCAAACAGAUAAACUUAGAGAAUCUUUGGAGAGGGAGGGAAUACAGGGUGGGGAAAUCAAGGGCGAUGGAGGGAUGUCGCGGGACAAGCUGGGCUUCGUGUUAGACAAGUGGAGGAGUGGGGAGGAUAUGGCGAUGAAAGGGAGGGACUGGGUAGCUUGAUGCGCCAUACACCAUCCCGCAGAUUGAAUGAGUGUAUCAUAUAUCUGGUUUUUUGUUGUACUACGUACAUACGAUUUCACACUGCAUAAUGCGACUUUUGCAUGCCACCUG